AAGCCUCACUGCAGUUGAUGACCCUUUCAAAGCCCAGCCAACCCCAUGUCCCUGUUGCUACGCCGUUCCAAUUAAUGCCCUCAUGUGUUCCCCCAUAAUUCCAUGCACAAGUCCUGAUCAUUAGGUAAGAACCUUCCGCCAUGAAGCUACCAGGAUCAAAUCACACGCCACCCUCACACUUCUAUAUAAUGAGCCUAGCAUUUGGCAUGGCCUCCUCAAGCCACACACGCUCCUCUGCUCCCCUCUCUACAAAAAAAAAAAAAUGGCUCCCUCCUCCAUGACCUUUGCUUCUCUUGCACUUCUUCUACUCCUCCUUGGGAGCACCUCAGCGCAUCUCACUCCUGACUUCUAUGCGAAGUCAUGCCCCAAACUCUUUAGCACCGUGAAGCCUGUGGUGCAGGCUGCGAUCGCGAAGGAGAAGCGCAUGGGUGCCUCUCUUCUUCGCCUCGUCUUCCAUGACUGCUUUGUCCAGGGUUGCGAUGCGUCGAUACUGUUGGAUGACACGCCCACUUUCAGGGGGGAGAAGACUGCAGCACCCAACAACAACUCUGUGAGGGGGUUUGAUGUCAUAGACAAGAUAAAGGCCGCAGUUGAGAAGGUGUGCCCAGGAGUAGUGUCAUGUGCCGACAUCUUGGAGAUCACGGCCAGAGAUUCGGUGGUCAUUCUUGGAGGGCCAUUCUGGGAGGUGAAGUUGGGGAGGAGGGAUUCAACGACAGCAAGCUUCUCCUUAGCCAACCAGAACAUUCCUCCUCCUACCUCGAGCCUCAGCAAUCUCAUCAACAAAUUUGCAGCUCAGGGUCUCUCUACCAAGGACAUGGUUGCCCUCUCGGGUGCUCACACCAUUGGCAAAGCACGGUGCAUCAACUUUAGAAAUCGGAUAUACAACGAAACCGACAUCAAUAGUGCCUUCGCCAAGAAAAGGCAAGCAAAUUGCCCGAAAACCGCAGGCUCCGGCGACAACAACUUGGCACCCCUGGAUGUCCAAACUCCGACUUACUUCGACAACGAUUACUAUCAGAAUCUCAUCCACAAGGAGGGUCUCCUACACUCUGAUCAAGUUCUGUACAAUGGUGGAUCCACCGACUUCCAAGUUAAGACUUAUAGCAUAAGCCCUGGCUCGUUCUACCAUGACUUCGUCGUUGGCAUGAUCAACAUAGCGGAUAUUAACCCCCUCACAGGUUCAAAGGGUGAGAUUAGGAAGAAUUGCAGGAGGGUCAAUUAAAGGGACAAGUGGCACUUUGAGGCUUGGUUGUACCACCUUUCUUAGAAAAUGAUAACAGGAAAGGUGUUCAUGAAGUUAUGAGAUUAGCUCUAUUUUUUUUUUUUAAAUUUAAGAAAUAAUAUUGUUGUCCCUUAUAUAUUUGUGUUUACUUUCGCCUGUCGUGUAAUAAGAGUUUCACUUUUUUGUUCAGAUGGGUAUUAAGUACAUUAAUUAUUGAAGCAUA